AUGAAAGCUAGUGGCUUGGAGAUGGGAGCUGGAGCUGUGAUAUACAACGCCGGACAAGGAUUUACUGGUGGCUACAAGCAGAAAGCUCAGGGAAGUUUUGGAGUUGCAACUACAGGGAAUUUCUUCAUAGAGGAGCAAUACAAACAACUACUUCAACUGCUUUACCAGAGCACAAGACCUAUUGAGACAACAUCACAUGCAAAGGUUAGAGGUAUACCAUUGUCACUUUUGAGCAGAGUUAAGCAGGAUAGGUGGAUCAUAGACUCAGGUGCCACUAACCAUAUGGUUUCUAGUCUGGAUUUUUUCACUGAUUUUAUGGAGGUCUCUAAAGUAGAAGACAUUUGCAACGGGAAGGUGAAUGGGAUUGAUAAACUGGAGGAAGGACUCUAUGUGUUGGAUCUCAACCACAAGCCAAUUUUCAAGUUCCCAAAUGGUGUUGUCACAUCUGCCUUGGUAGUAAAUAGAAUAAGUGGCUCUUUGUGGCAUAAAAGAUUUGGCCAUAUUUCUUUAGAUGCUUUGAAGAGAUUACUAGCAUUUCAUAAUAAGACAUUUGUUGAUUGCAAUGAACACCGCACAAUAUGCCCUCUAGCUAAGCAGACAAGAUUGCCUUUUCCUAUUAGCAGUAGUAGGAGUGACGUUUUUGCUGAUCUUAUUCAUGCAGAUGUCUGGAGGCCCUUUAAGAAUGGAGUUGUUGCGAGAAGGCAUAAGUACAUUUUGGAUACUUGCAAGAGAUUUAAGAUUUCAGGCUGGACAGCCCUUAAAAUUAUGAGAGUAUUUGGUUGUCUGACUUAUGCUGCAAAGCUUAAAAGGCAACACAAGUGUUUACCUAGAGCAGUACCAACUGUGUUUUUAGGUUACUCAUUGGUGCAAAAGGGUUACAAACUCUAUGACUUGCACAACCACUGCAUGUUUGCGAGCAGAGAUGUUAUCUUCAAAGAGGAUGUAUUUCCUUUUCUACAGCAAAUGAAUAGCACCAUGCAGGACCAACAAUUCCCUGUGAUAGCUCCUAACUAUGACUCUGAUGAUUCUGUUCUCAUUUCACAUAACCACUCCAUUAAAUCACAGAAUACUUCAUCACCUGAAUUGGGAUACUUGGAUGGUUCUGCCGAUGCCACUCCACCACAGAGUCCAUCCAUUGAUGCUCUUCAUGAGAGUUCUGCAAGUCACACUACUCCAAGUCCCUUCACAGAUGUUCUUCCUACUUCUGAUGAUGAUGAAUCAACUGUUGAUGGCAUUAGGAAGCCUACUAGGCCUUCUAUAUGGAUGAAUGAUUAUGUAGUUGAGAAGACUGCCGGCAAGAGCAAGCCUUGCACUUAUCCUAUUUCUAACUUUUUUAGUUAUCAAGCACUUAAGCCUGCCUAUAAUCAAUGCCUUGUAGCUUACUCAGUCGAGGUUGAGCCCAGCUCUCUCUCAGAGGCAGUCAAGGAUCUUAAGUGGGUGUCAGCAACUUCAAGCUUUGGAAAGAUAAUGAGACAUGGAGAAGGUUGUAGUCAGGUGCAUGUUCUCAUCUUUGUAGAUGACUUGUUAGUCACUGGUAGUCAUUCCGAGUUGAUUGAUAAAACUAGAGCACAACUACAGAAGUUCUUCAAAAUGAAAGACAUAGGGGAGCUGAAGUUUUUCCUUGGAAUUGAAUUUGCAAGGUCGUCCAAAUGCAUAUAUAUGAGCAAAAGAAAAUAUGCCUUGGAGUUGAUAGCUGAACUUGGUUUGGCAGGGUCAAAGACAGCUAGUACUCCUCUAGAGGUUAAUCAAAAGUUGACUUCUAUAGAGUUUGAUAAAGCAGUAGCACAAGCAGGUGUUGCAGACAAUGAUUCGGCUUUAAAAGAUGCAAGUGUGUCUCAAAGGCUUGUUGGCAGACUACUAUACUGA